AUAACCGCAGAUCUUUAAUAAAUUUCAGAUCCACCACUAAACCACCCACCCCCAUUUCCCAAUCUGACCUACCGACAUACCUAAUUUACGCGUUCCUAACUCUUUUUAUAAGCAUAGCGUCUUCUCACAAACAACUCACUCAUCUCUCAGAUCCAACCUCUGUACUCGCAAGCAUAACCAAUGGCGCUCCUCGUCGAAAAGACAACCUCCGGCCGCGAGUACAAGGUCAAAGACAUGUCCCAGGCCGACUUCGGUCGCCUCGAGAUCGAGCUCGCGGAGGUCGAAAUGCCUGGGCUCAUGUCCUGCCGGGUCGAGUUCGGGCCCUCGCAGCCCUUCAAGGGCGCCAAGAUCACCGGCAGCCUCCACAUGACCAUCCAGACGGCCGUCCUAAUCGAAACCCUCACCGCAUUGGGCGCCGAGGUCAGAUGGUGCUCCUGCAACAUCUUCUCCACCCAAGACCACGCCGCCGCCGCCGUCGCGCGCGACAGCGCCGCCGUGUUCGCCUGGAAGGGUGAGACCCUGCAGGAGUACUGGUGGUGCACGGAGCGGGCCCUCGACUGGGGCCCCGACGGUGGGCCAGAUUUGAUCGUGGACGACGGCGGUGAUGCCACUCUGUUGAUCCACGAAGGUGUGAAGGCCGAGGAGGAGUACGAGAAGUCUGGCAAGCUGCCCGAUCCGAGCUCCACUGACAAUGCCGAGUUUCAGAUCGUGCUUACCAUUAUCAGAGAUGGGUUGAAGUCCGAUCCGAAGAGGUAUACCAAGAUGAAGGAGAGACUAGUGGGUGUUUCUGAGGAAACUACAACAGGUGUAAAGAGGUUGUACCAGAUGCAGGCAAAUGGCACCCUGCUUUUCCCUGCGAUCAACGUCAAUGACUCUGUUACCAAGAGCAAGUUUGACAAUCUAUACGGGUGCCGUCACUCUCUGCCCGACGGACUCAUGAGGGCCACCGACGUAAUGAUUGCCGGAAAAGUCGGCGUUGUGUGUGGCUACGGAGAUGUCGGCAAGGGCUGCGCCGCGGCCUUAAAGCAAGCCGGGGCCCGCGUGAUCGUGACCGAGAUCGACCCCAUUUGUGCCCUCCAAGCCCUUAUGGAAGGCUUCCAAGUCCUCACCCUAGAAGACGUGGUCUCUGAGGCCGACAUCUUCGUCACCACCACAGGCAACAAGGACAUCAUAAUGCUAAACCACAUGCGCAAGAUGAAGAACAACGCCAUUGUCUGCAACAUCGGCCACUUUGACAACGAGAUCGACAUGCUCGGGCUCGAGACUUACCCUGGCGUGAAGAGAAUCACUAUAAAGCCGCAGACUGAUAGGUGGGUCUUCCCAGAGACUAACACGGGCAUCAUUGUGCUUGCGGAGGGUCGUCUCAUGAACUUGGGUUGUGCCACGGGACACCCCAGCUUUGUUAUGUCGUGCUCUUUCACCAAUCAGGUGAUUGCGCAGCUCGAGCUCUGGAAGGAGAGGAAGUCUGGUAAGUAUGAGAAGAAGGUUUAUGUGCUGCCCAAGCAUCUUGAUGAGAAGGUUGCUGCCCUUCACCUUGAGAAGCUCGGUGCUAAGCUUACUAAGCUUUCCAAGGAACAGGCGGAUUACAUUAGUGUGCCGGUUGAGGGUCCUUACAAGCCUGCUCACUACAGGUACUAAAAAGGCAGAUAGUUUUUCGAAUUUCGAUUGUAUUUUCGUUGGUUGGCUUGAGGAUUUGUGGCGUGGAGUUUUUGUAUUGUUUUGGAGGAAGAGUGUGGUAUGAUCCAAUUGAGACCAUUAUGUUGAAGACCUUUGUGAUUUGGACAAGUAAUGUUUGAGUUUAGUUUGUGUUUGAUCACAAAUUCUGUCGUUUGUUAAUCUUUCGUUUCCUUGGUAUGAAUUAUUGUCAUCAUCAAAUGAAAACUAUAUAUUUUCGUUGGCAUCCACAUUUGGGUCCAGAAUCCAGAUGGUUGUUUUCCUUCAUUUAUUUUUAUUUAUUUUGUUUUAUUAUUUCUGUU